GCCACCAGCACCACCCUGCACCGCCGCCGGCCGGUGGCGGCUACCCUCCUGCGCCGAUGGCCCAGCACGAGCCGACCUUCAAGAUCUUCUGCCGCGCCGACGAGGCCUACUGCCUCACCAUCCGCCACGACGCCGUCGUCCUCGCCCCGACCAACCCCCGCGACGAGUACCAGCACUGGUACAAGGACAUGAGGCACAGCACGCGUGUGAAGGACGCGGAGGGCCACCCGGCGUUCGCGCUGGUGAACCGCGCCACGGGGCUCGCCGUCAAGCACUCGCUCGGGCAGUCCCACCCGGUGAAGCUCGUCCCCUACAACGCCGACUACCUGGACGAGUCGGUGCUGUGGACGGAGAGCAACGACGUGGGCAAGGGCUUCCGCUGCAUCCGCAUGGUCAACAACAUCCACCUCAACUUCGACGCCCUCCACGGCGACAAGGACCACGGCGGCGUCCGCGACGGCACCGGCGUCGUGCUCUGGGAGUGGUGCAAGGGCGACAACCAGUGCUGGAAGGUCCUGCCCUGGGGUGCUGCAGGAGACGGCUACGCGCAUCCGCCACCGCAGCCAGCUUACGGGGGCACAGGGUACGGGUAUGGCGGCGGCUCGUCCGGUGGCCCGGAUCCCUAUGCGCCACCGCCGCCUGCGUAUGGAGGUGGAGGGUAUGCGCCGCCGCCGGGUCCGUAUGGAGGUGGAGGGUACGCGCCCCCGCCGCCGCCGGGUGCGCACGGCGCCGAGGCGUACGCGCCGCCGGGCCCGGGGUACGGGUAUGGCAACCUGCACCGUUCGCUGGCGUCGGAGAACACCGUGCGCGUUCUCUGCAGGGCUGGCGAGGACUACAGCCUCACCGUGAGGAAUGGGGCCGUGUGCCUCGCGCCCACCAACCCUAGAGACGAAUACCAGCACUGGGUGAAGGACAUGAGGCACAGCACCCGCAUCAAGGACGAGGAAGGCUACCCUGCCUUUGCCCUGGUAAACAAGGUCACCGGCGAAGCCAUCAAGCACUCCCUCGGACAGAACCACCCAGUGAAGCUUGUACCUUACAACCCGGAGUACCUGGAUGAGUCGGUGCUGUGGACGGAGAGCAAGGACGUGGGCAAGGGGUUCCGCUGCAUCCGCAUGGUGAACAACAUCUACCUCAACUUCGACGCCCUCCACGGUGACAAGGACCACGGCGGCGUCCACGACGGCACCGAGAUCGUGCUCUGGGAGUGGUGCAAGGGCGAUAAUCAGCGCUGGAAGAUCGUCCCCUGGUAGAGCGUGAUGUUGUGUACAUGUCCGUUUCCAGUUCAGUAGACAGAAUAAACCAGCAGGUCCGCAGCUAUGUUGGAUGCCAGUAUUUUAUUCGAGAGUUGGGACCAAAUCGUUUAUUUCAGGAUGUGGAUGAGCUGCAGGGCGAGGUGGCUAUAUCAGCGUUUGGUCUUCUGGUGUGAUCGACUGGUCG